CGCGGCUAAAAGCAUCGCGAGGUUUGGACCAGAGGAAACUGAUGGACUGAGAUUCCUGCGAGAAGAAGCGGAUAAAGUAAAAGUUCUGUUCAACCGAACCGAGCGGGUUCUGAUCGGGUUCUGACCGGGAAAACAUGGCGUCCAGUCCGCUGCUGUUUCUCGCCGCUUUCUGCUUCCUGAGCUCCGUCAGCGCCGAACAGCGGAGGCUCUCUCCAGAGAACCUCCUGGUUCUGACGGCUGCCACCGAGGAGACGGACGGCUUCCGCCGCUUCAUGAGGACGGCCUCCCAGUUCAACUACACCGUCAAGGUUCUGGGUCUGGGGGAGGAGUGGAGAGGAGGAGACGUGGCCCGCACCGUGGGAGGAGGUCAGAAGGUCCGAUGGCUGAAGAAGGAGCUGCUGGAGCUGGAGAAGAACCAGGAGCAGCUGGUCAUGUUCGUGGACAGCUAUGACGUGAUCUUCGCUGGAGGUCCAGAGGAGCUGCUCUCCAAGUUCUCUGCUCUGGGUCACAGGGUGGUCUUCUCAGCUGAGGGGUUCUGCUGGCCCGACCAGCGCCUGGCCUCUAAAUACCCUCAGGUGCAUUCUGGGAAGCGCUACCUCAACUCAGGAGGGUUCAUCGGGUUCGCUCCGGACCUCAGCGCCAUCGUCCAGCAGUGGAAGUUCAAGGACAACGAUGACGACCAGCUGUUCUACACCAAGAUCUACCUGGACAAGAAGCAGAGGACCAAGUUCAACAUGACUCUUGAUCACCGCUCCAGAAUCUUCCAGAACCUGAACGGAGCUAUUGACGAGGUGGUCCUGAAGUUCGAGAGGGCAAAGGUCAGAGUGAGGAACGUCGCCUACGACACGCUUCCUGUCAUCAUCCAUGGCAACGGACCCACCAAGCUGCAGCUCAACUACCUGGGGAACUACGUCCCCACAGCCUGGACCUACGAGAAUGGUUGUGGGGUCUGUGACGACGACUUGCUGCUGCUCAGCGACGCUGCGGACGAGGAGCUGCCGCUGGUCUUCGUGGCGGUCUUCAUCGAACACGCCACGCCCUUCAUGGAGGAGUUCCUGGAGCGGCUCAGCACCCUGAACUACCCGAAGACCAGGAUCCGCCUCUUCAUCCACAACAACGUGGUGUACCACGAGCAGCACGUCCAGCGGUUCUGGGAGCGCCACAGGACUCUGUUCCCGGACGCCGUGAUGGUGGGACCUGAGGAGGGCCUGCAGGAGGACCAGGCCAGGACCAUGGCCAUCGAGGCGUGCAAGAAGAACCCGGACUGUGAUUAUUACUUCAGCAUAGACUCGGACGUGGCGCUGACCAACCCGGAUACCCUGAGGAUCCUUAUCGAGGAGAACAAGUCCGUCAUCGCCCCCAUGCUGUCCAAACAUGGGAAGCUGUGGAGUAACUUCUGGGGCGCUCUGAGUCCAGAGGGGUUCUACUCCCGGUCCGAGGACUACAUCGAGAUCGUCCAGGGGAAGAGGAUAGGCGUGUGGAACGUGCCGUACAUCACCCAGGUCUACCUGAUCCGGGGCGCCGUCCUGCGCUCCAAACUGGCCCAGGUCAGCAUCUUCGUGGACGAGGGGAUGGACCCGGACAUGGUGUUCUGCAGGAGCUUCAGGGACCAGGGCGUCUUCAUGUUCGUGUCCAACCGGGACGAGUUCGGCCGCCUAGUGGCGUCCUCCAACUUCAACACGUCCAGACUCUACCCAGACAUGUGGCAGAUCUUUGACAACCCUCUGGACUGGAGGGAGAAGUACAUCCAUGAGAACUACUCCAAGAUCUUCGAGGAGGGGAGCGACGCCGUGGAGCAGCCCUGUCCUGAUGUCUACUGGUUCCCAGCCUUCAGCGAUAAGAUGUGUGACCAGCUGGUGGAGACCAUGGAGGACCACGGCCAGUGGUCUGGAGGCUCCCACAAGGACGAGCGUCUGGCCGGCGGCUACGAGAACGUCCCGACUGUGGACAUCCACAUGAACCAGAUCGGCUUUGAGAAGGAGUGGCUGAAGUUCCUUAAAGACUACAUCGCCCCCGUCACUGAGAAGCUCUACCCAGGAUACUACCCCAGGGCCCACUCCAUCAUGAACUUCGUGGUGCGGUACCGUCCAGACGAGCAGCCGUCUCUGCGACCGCAUCACGACUCCUCCACCUUCACCAUCAACAUCGCCCUGAACAGGAAGGGCAUCGACUACCAGGGCGGAGGCUGCAGGUUCCUGCGCUACGACUGCAAGGUGGAGUCUCCCAGGAAGGGCUGGUCCUUCAUGCACCCGGGCCGCCUCACGCACUACCACGAGGGCCUGCCCACCACCCAGGGCACCCGAUACAUCAUGGUGUCCUUCGUGGACCCCUGAGGGCCAAUCCCAGCGCGCCUCGUCACAUCACUGCGUUCAUGGUUUCAGACGGGAACCUGAAUGCAGCAUCCUUUCAGAAUAAGAGCCCCUUCAUUGAGUUCUAAAAGAACACGUCACAUUUCAGGGUCCUGAAGGCAUCGCUGCUGGGCAUUUCAAAAUAAGAGUCUUUCCUAUGGGUUUGUCACCUGCUGCCUUAAAUGAGUCUAUGCAACUCUGUGUGUGUGUGUGUGUGAGUGAGGACGUUUCUACCAAAGUGAGGACCCUGCUGCUCCUCUUCCAGCAGCUUAUGGAG